UGGGGUGGUGGUUGGAGAAGGGAAGGAGGAAGAGGUUGGGAGUCCCCAGACCCUGUGGAGAGAGGCUCCGGACGCGGUCGGAGGGCUUCCGGUGAAGGAGGCUGGGACCGGUGGGAAGGGGAGAGGGGUAAAGAGAGAGUGAAGGUUGGAGGAGGCCGGGCGCGAUCUGUGAGAUGGGGAGAGUGGCCAGGGUCAGUAGGGAAGGGGAUAGGUUCAGCGGCUGAGGCCGCGGGGAUUAUGUGAACCAAUGAGAGGAGCCGGGGAUGGCUGAGGCAGGAGCAGUAUGCGGGAGUGACCUCAUGGCAGUCACAUCCAGAAGUGGGGGAGUGAGCCCGGGCCCCUAGGAACGGGAGCUGAGGCGGGUGGGCGAUCGCCUCUUGGACCACGUGACUGAUUUCCAACUCUGACUUAGGGAGGAAGGGGUGACGGGAGCAGAAGGUGGGUCAGCUGGGGAUUGAGAGGGGAGGCAGGGCAGGGCUGACGGGACCGCCCCUCCCCAUGGGGGAAGGCUAGGGAGGGGAAGGUCUAAGCCAUGUUGUCCCGCAAGGGGAUCAUCCCCGAGGAGUAUGUCCUGACCCGCCUGGCAGAGGACCCCGCAGAACCCAGGUACCAUGCCCGCGAGAGGAGAGCCCGCUUUGUGGCCAAGAACGGCAACUGCAACGUAGCCCACAAGAACAUUCGGGAGCAGGGCCGCUUCCUCCAGGAUGUCUUCACCACCCUGGUGGACCUCAAAUGGCACCACACGUUGCUCAUCUUCACCAUGUCCUUCCUCUGCAGCUGGCUCCUCUUUGCCAUGGCCUGGUGGCUCAUUGCUUUCGCCCACGGCGACCUGGACCACAGCACCCGAACUGGGGCUGGGGAGAAUGACGCCUCCUUCAUCCCGUGCGUCACCAGCAUCCACUCCUUCGCCUCCGCCUUCCUUUUCUCCAUCGAGGUGCAGGUGACCAUUGGCUUCGGGGGCCGCAUGGUGACCGAGGAGUGUCCCCUGGCCGUCCUGGUGCUGAUCGUGCAGAACAUCGUGGGGCUCAUGGUCAACGCCAUCAUGUUGGGCUGCAUCUUCAUGAAGACGGCCCAGGCGCAUCGGCGGGCCGAGACGCUCAUCUUCAGCAAGCACGCGGUCAUCGCCAUGCGCCACGGCCGCCUCUGCUUCAUGCUGCGCGUGGGGGACCUCCGCAAAAGCAUGAUCAUCAGCGCCACCAUCCGCAUGCAGGUGGUACGGAAGACCACGAGCCCCGAAGGCGAGAUCGUGCCCUUGCACCAGGUGGACAUCCCGAUGGAGAACGGGGUGGGGGGCAACAACAUCUUUCUGGUGGCUCCCCUGAUCAUCUACCACAUCAUUGAUGCCAACAGUCCCCUGUAUGACCUUGCCCCCAGUGACCUGCAUCAUCAUCAGGACCUGGAGGUCAUUGUGAUAUUGGAAGGCGUUGUGGAAACCACGGGCAUCACCACGCAGGCUCGAACCUCCUACCUGGCGGAUGAGAUCCUCUGGGGCCAGCGGUUCGUUCCCAUAGUGGCCGAGGAGGACGGCCGCUACUCGGUGGACUACUCUAAGUUUGGCAACACCGUCAAGGUGCCCACGCCUGCCUGCACUGCCCGCCAGCUGGAGGAGGACCGGACGCUCCUGGACUCCCUCCCUCUCGCCUCUCCCAAAGGGCCUCUGCGCAAGAGGAGUGUGGCUUCCGCCAAGCCCAGACCCAAGCCCAGGUUUAGCAUCUCCCUGGAUGCCUUGAACUGAGGCCCGCCUUCGCUGCACGGGCCAGCUCCAACUCCCCAGGCUUUCCUCCCUCCCCACACUUCCAUCUUUGACUCCUUAUGGCAGAGACCUGAUCCAUCCCCACUGCAUGAGGAGGUGGGGAACGGCCUUUGAUCGGGCAGGGCCUUCUGUUUAUUUACUGAGCUGCUAGGAGCUGGCAGGGAUUUCAAGGCUUCAGUGUCUCCUGACUAUUGCCCAGGGGUGUUAUGGGGUAUUUAUCACUGAGCUAUUUAUGGGCUCACCAGGUCUCAGCUGCAUUCAGCUAUUUUUGUUUCUGCUCUUCCCAGCACCAACACAGGACUGGCUCGGGCUGCCUCGGAGGCAAAGGAGACCUAGAGGGCUUGGGGGAAGGGAGACUUGGGACAGACGCCUAGUCUGGGAGUCCGGGCUCAGAGUGAGCACUGACCUGUGAGCCAGGAGUCAGCCCAGGCCUGAGGCAGGUGGGUGCAGCGUCCAGUAUAUCACCUUCUCUGUCCCUCUCAAUAUCUCUUCCCAGCAGCAUCACCACCCACUAAGAUUGCAUCGCCUUUCUUUCUGUCCCCUCAAUUUCUCCCUGCUUCUGGGGAAAGAAGGGCCCUGAGCCAACCACAGAAUGGAAAUCUAUGUCAGAGUCAGGGUGGAGGAAGCCAAACAAGUAAGGGAAGGAUGAAAGUCUCCUGAUAGAGGCCAGGGCCAGACAGUCGUAGCUUCCUCCAUCAGUACUCCCUCUAAUAAAACCUGCUGAUGGUACUUGGCUCUGGGAAAAAUUGACCAACUUUGGGAGAAAGGCUCCAGGACUUUUGAGGACAAGAAAAGUUUGUCACUGCACUGUCAGACUAGCAUAGAAGGGACCCUGGAUAUGAGGCAGAGGGGGAGCACAUGGGAAAACAUUCUCCUCAGACACAGUGGCAAUGGGUGCUGGGUGCUAUAGGACAAGGGAGUAUGUGCUGGCUUGGGAGCAGAGGUGGGGAGGGUAAUUCAAUAGGCUUUUGAUGGCUCAGGAUAAGCACCAGUCUUGGAAUUGAAGUCUGAACCAGAGAAAGUUUCAGUCUGGAUGCUGUUACCAUGAACAGAGAAUGUGUUGAAUAAGAAGCAGACUGUACUUUGUGUGCUUUCCCAGAGCCAUGCCAUCUCUGGUCUGUAAAUAAAACCUCCUCUUCCUCUAUCCUUAA